UUCACCUUCGCCUCCAACUCCCCCUCGCUCUCUCGCUUUUUCUACGGUUUCCGCUCCUCAGACCAAUCGUUAGGGUUUUCCGUAUCACGCGAUCAUCGUGUCCAUGGCGGACGUCAUCGACAUGCCCACCGAAGCACUGGAUCGUCGCCGUGAUCUACAGCCGGAGCGGAGGGAAAACGCCGGCGGCGGAUCUUCCUCACCGCCGCCGCCUCCGAAGAGGAAGGACAGGGACUCGAGUGAAAGGAGGGACGACUGGCCCUCGAGCCGGACGGUGGAUCAGCACGACUCUAGGAAUCGGUCGCCGCCGCCUCCCCCACCUCCGUUGCUUGGGCAACCGAGGGACGACAGGGAUCGGGAUUAUCGCAGGCGGAGUAGCCCGAGCUCGCCGUCGUACCGUGACCGCCGGCACUCGCCUCCUCGCCGGUCCCCUCCUCCUGGACCCUUCAAGCGAGCUAGGAGGGAUGAUGGUGGAUAUGACCGGCGCCGAGGGGGUUAUAAUGAUAGAAGGCAUGGCUAUGAUUACGGUGGUGGGUACGAUCGAGAUGGCUCAGGAAGCAGAGGUGGGUACGGCUAUGAAAGGCCUCACGGUCGCUACAUGAAUCGCCAAGCAGAUUGGCCUAAUUCUGGAUACAGUGGUUAUGGUGAUGGUCCCGAGGUUAUCCCAAGGGGAGGUUUGAUGUCAUACAAGCAGUUCAUCCAAGAACUUGAAGAUGAUAUUUCACCUGCUGAAGCCGAGCGAAGGUAUGAAGAAUACAGAUCAGAAUACAUUUCAACUCAGAAGCGAGCUUAUUUUGAAGCUCAUAAAGAAGAGCAAUGGCUGAAAGACAAAUAUCAUCCAACUAACUUGGUGGCAGUUAUUGAAAGGAGGAAAGAACAGGCCAGGACUGUUGCAAAGGAAUUCUUGCUUGAUUUGCAGAGUGGUACACUUGACCUUGGCCCAGGAUUAACACCUUCGUUGGCUAGCAAAUCUGGGAAUGAUAGCGAACCAAAUUCUGAAGACGAGGCAGAUCCUCAUGGUGAAAGGAGAAGGCAUGGUAGAGGAAAUGCAAAAGGACAUGACCUGCUUUCCGCGGCUCCAAAGUCUCACCCAGUUAGUUCUGAACCUCGGCGAAUUCAAGUUGACAUUGAACAAGCGCAGGCCUUGGUUCAUAAGCUUGACAUGGAGAAGGGUAUCCAGGACAAUGUCCUGUCCUAUAGUGGUCAUGAUAAGUUGGAUGCAGAGAAGUCUCAUGGAGGAUCCAUGGGGCCAAUUGUAAUUAUACGUGGUCCAACCACCGUCAAGGGUCUUGAAGGUGUUGAAUUGUUGGAUACUUUGAUCACUUACCUAUGGCGUGUACAUGGCUUGGAUUACUACGGCAUGUCUGAGACGUCUGAGGCAAAGGGUCUUCGGCAUGUUAGAGCUGACAACAAGACACAUGAUGGAACUAAUGCUAGUGGUUCUAACUGGGAGAAGAAACUUGAUAUAUUCUGGCAAGCGAGGUUGGAAGGCCAGGAUCCCUUGGAAACAUUGACAGCCAAAGAUAAGAUUGAUGCUGCAGCUACUGAGGCUCUAGAUCCUUUAGUGAGGAAAAUACGGGAUGAAAAAUAUGGUUGGAAGUAUGGAUGUGGAGCUAAGGGCUGCACAAAGCUUUUCCAUGCUCCUGAGUUUGUUCAUAAGCAUCUCAGACUUAAACACCCGGACCUUGUGAUGGAGCUUACCUCAAAGGUCCGAGAGGAGCUGUAUUUUCAAAAUUACAUGAAUGAUCCCAAUGCACCUGGUGGGACUCCUGUCAUGCAGCAAUCUGCACCAAAGGUGAAAUCCCAAAGGCGGGGGCCACCAUUAGGUAAUCGCCUGAGAGAUGAACGUGGCUACAGGAGAGAGUCUGACAGGAAUGAUAGAGAUGAUAACAGGCAUGAUAAGACUGACAAUUCACCUCGUGAUGCCAAUGAUGGCUUAGAAGGGGACGAUAAUGAGAAGCCUCUUCAUGAAGCUUAUGGUGGACAAGGCUUGCAUGGUGCUUUUCCUUCAGAUGUGCCUCCUCCUCCAGUGUUAAUGCCCGUUCCUGGUGCUGGACCACUAGGACCUUUUGUCCCUGCCCCGCCGGACGUUGCAAUGCGCAUGCUGAGGGAGACCGGUGGACCAUCAUCAUAUGAAGCUACUGCUGGUUCUCGUGGUAGAACAGGAAGGCUUGGUCCGCAAGUGAGUGGUCCUGCACCAAUUCUUUCUAUGCCUCCGGCAUUUCGACAUGAUCCUCGUCGCAUAAGAAGUUACCAAGAUCUCGAUGCUCCAGAUGACGAAGUGACUGUUAUAGACUACAGGAGUUUAUAGGCUCCUAAUUUCCUCCUCAUCCUUUGGAAUGAUAUUUAGUCUGUGACCCAAGAUGGAACAGGAAGGCACACCUGCUGUCCACCAGCAGAUGACUUCAUCCUCAAAUAGCUACUCACAGUUUUGCAAUAUAGUCGAAACUCGAUAAGAUCAAUUUCUAAUGUUUUACUUGUGAGAAGGGAUGAUGUUAAUAGAAACAUUUUGGACGAUUUAUGUAACUGUAUGCCUAACUGCGAUGCAAGACGCACGUACAGCAUUCUGUCUGCAUUUGCAAACUUAGCUUCGUUGGAUCAAAUCAUAACCAAAUGUGCCGUGUAGACUUUGGAUGUCAA